AUGAACUUUCGUUAUCAUCACUCAGGCCUGUAUGGGGAAUCCAGACAGCCGGCCUUUCCUUUGGAUCGACCUUCAUUUACAGAAAUUGAAUCACGGUCAUCCUCUCCAACAAUUUCCUCACCUUCUAUGUCAGAUCCCGGCUCACCAACUGAAUUAUCAUCCAUGCCCUUGUUCGUAGAUGGACCUGCUCUUCGUACAUUUUUCAGUGAUUCAGUUGCAAAGGGCCGAGAGUCGGUUUCCUCAGCUCAAGCAACUUUAUCUAAUCCACCAUCGUUUCUCUGGCAAAUGACAUCAGAGCAACUGGUACAGUUUGGUCAGACGAACCCUGAGCAGUUCAAGACGAUCCAAUCUCACAUCUGUGAGUUGGCAGACCUUUAUCGUUUGAAAACUAUUCCAGAGAAUGCCACCUUCGAGUAUCCAACAAACAUUCUCCUGCAUAUACCGCUAGACAUCCAGAAGCUUAUUCUGGAUAACUUGGCCAUUCCAGCCUUGCUCAGGCUAUCAAAAUGCUGCCGUUAUCUAUCGCAUGCAGUUAAUGCAUAUAUCACAGCACGAAUUGAGGGCAUUCUAACCUCAUUUUCAAUUGAUCCACACAAGCUUCUGGAAGGCAUGGAGACCUGUGGUGCAUUUAUUGGGGGGUCUGUUGCACUUCUGGCAGUGCUGGCAAAUGUCGACAGUUUUGCCCCAAAUGAUCUAGAUAUAUAUGUUCCAGAAGCUCAUGCUGAAACCUUGGCCAAGCGCAUUUUAUCCAGGUUCAAAUCUGUUGGCGGUCACUCGCCAAUCUAUGUUUUGAAUCCUGCUAUCACUCACGUUGAAUGGUACACUUCCACUUUCCAUCCCCUCAUUCGCAUCAAUCUUAUUGCAACCAAGUCCGCGUCGCCCUUGGAGGCCCUAUUCCAUUCCGGUGCAUCCAUUACCAUGAACGCUAUAACUGGUUUAUCCCUGCCCACCGCCAAACUCUUUCGUGCAGUCAGAAACAGAUCACCUUUGCCCCAGGAUGAGGCACAUACCAUCCUCGCUCACUUUGGAAUUUCAGUACCAGUUACAGCAUUGCCUUGGGAGUUGAUGGAACUUCUUGUUAAAAAGUAUAAAUCGAGAGUUGGGGUUACCUUUAUCCGUGAUCUAGCAGCGAUCAAGGACCAUGUCUGUGGAGAGGAUCCAUCUUGCAGCUUUACCCUGAGGACUUCUGCUGAUUCAGGAUGUGCCUUCUUCCCCUUCAGACCGCUUUCACCUCUUCCUACUUUGACACUCGCCAUGCCCGUCACUCCUGUCGUGCCCAAAGUAGUAGAAAAUCCGAUCCGCUGGAGUGUGGUUACUCCAAAGCUUAUCUCGUGGUGUGUCGGUGGCUGUAGAUGUGCUGGUGAUGGUGUUAAACUCCCUAGCCUGGUGUCUAGCCUCCCAGCUGAUUAUGUGUUGUAG